AUGUCUUCUUCUCCCUCCCCUUCCCCGUCCCUCCUCGCCCGCACCCACACCCUGCUCUGGGCCCUGGCGGACCCCUGGCUCUUCAUGGCCAUAUCCGCCUCCUGGCUCCCUAGCACCAUCCUCACCCUCCUCCGGAACCGCGAACUCGCCAUCCUCCUCUCCCCUUCCAAGCUGCAAGGCGUCUGGUUCGGCAGAUUCUGGGGCUGGGCCGGGCCCAAUAUCAAGCUGUCCAGGGAACCGAUGGUGAUUUCGCUGCUUGAGGGUCGUACGUGCGGCGGGAGGGUCGUGGAGGAACCUACAGGGAACGGCAUUGAGGGCGUUGUUGUGGAGAUUGGGGCCGGCAGUGGGUUCUGGGUGGAUGUUUUUAAGGAAAGGGAUUUGGGAAAGGGGGAGGGCAAGGCGUCGAGUAUUGAUGGACAGGCAGUUGCGGGGACUGGGGCUGGUGUGGUGAAGCGGACGAGUGGUGUUAGAGGUCUUGUCACGCGCAUCUAUGGGGUUGAGCCGAAUCGGGAGCAGCACCCGAGUUUAAGGCAGAAGAUCAGUGAGGCUGGGCUCGAGGAUGUUUACGAAAUCGUGCCCGUGGGAAUUGAGGAUUUGGAUAACCCGAGCAAAUGGGACGGCAAGGUUGAGAAGGGGAGUGUGGAUUGUAUCGUUUCCAUUCUGUGUCUGUGCAGUAUCCCCGAGCCGCAGAAGAACUUCAAGGAACUUUAUGGGUACUUGAAAAAAGGGGGGAGGUGGUAUGUGUUUGAACACGUACGGGCUGAGGGAAAUUGGGGAAUAAGGAUAUUUCAAGCAUUCACUAAUCUGUUCUGGCCUCACUUUUUGGGCGGUUGCCAGUUGUGUCGUCCGACGGAGAAGUGGUUGAGAGAGGCAGGGCCUUGGGAUAAGGUCGAUGUUGGCCAACCUCCUGGCGAGCAGUGGCAUCACUGUGUCCCACACAUUCUCGGUGUCUUCACGAAAUAA